GCACGUACAUCUGUUUUCACCAGUUAAUCGCAGUAAAUGUUUGCUUAAGAAAUAUAGUAACAAUUUAAUUAAAAAUGUCAUUCCUGCGUGGUUCUCUGAACUAUGUCUGGUGCACGACCAGUGUGCUUGGCAAAGGUGCCACAGGAUCUGUAUUUCAGGGAGUGAAUAAGACAACUGGUGAAUCGGUCGCCGUUAAGACAUUCAAUCCGUAUAGUCACAUGCGACCUGCCGAUGUCCAGAUGCGCGAAUUUGAGGCCUUGAAGAAAGUGAACCAUGAGAACAUUGUCAAAUUGCUGGCCAUCGAGGAGGAUCAGGAGGGACGCGGAAAGGUGAUCGUCAUGGAGCUGUGCACUGGCGGCAGUCUGUUUAAUAUACUUGACGAUCCGGAGAACUCGUACGGUCUGCCAGAGCACGAGUUCCUGCUGGUGCUGGAGCACCUGUGCGCCGGCAUGAAACAUUUGCGUGACAAUAAGUUGGUGCACCGCGAUCUAAAGCCUGGCAACAUUAUGAAAUUCAUAUCGGAGGACGGUCAAACCAUAUAUAAGUUGACUGACUUUGGUGCUGCGCGCGAACUAGAAGAUAACCAGCCGUUUGCCUCGCUCUAUGGCACCGAAGAGUAUCUGCAUCCCGAUCUCUAUGAGCGCGCUGUGCUCCGCAAAUCCAUACAACGUUCAUUUACAGCGAAUGUGGAUCUGUGGUCCAUUGGGGUGACGCUAUACCACGUGGCCACGGGCAAUUUACCCUUUAGACCAUAUGGGGGUCGCAAGAAUCGUGAGACAAUGCAUCAGAUAACAACAAAAAAGGCCUCGGGCGUCAUAUCGGGCACACAGCUGGCUGAGAAUGGACCCAUUGAGUGGUCAACAACACUGCCGCCGCAUGCACAUUUAUCGCAAGGAUUGAAGACGCUCGUAACACCUUUGUUGGCCGGCCUCUUGGAGGAGAAUCGAGAUAAGACGUGGUCCUUUGAUCGAUUCUUCCAGGAGGUGACGCUAAUACUGCGCAAGAGUGUCAUUCACGUAUUCUUCACGAAUCGCGCCACUUCAGUGGAGGUGUUCCUUGAGCCGGAUGAACAGAUUGACAACUUCCGGGAACGUAUAUUCCUACAAACCGAAGUGCCACUGGAGAAGCAAAUAAUGCUAUUCAAUAACGAGCAUCUCGAAAAGAAAGUCUCGCCACGCACUUUGGUUAACGCAUUUCCCAGCACAACCAUGGAUCAGCCCAUAUUCCUCUACAGCAAUGAUGACAACAAUGUUCAAUUGCCGCAUCAACUGGAACUGCCCAAGUUCCCGGUAUUUCCACCAAAUGUUUCCGUUGAAAACGAUGCGAGUCUGGCAAAGGCUGCAUGCAGCGUGGGCCAUGAGUGCAAAAGACGAGUGGACAUCUUCACCACCAUGGACAUUCUUAUCAAGAAGGGAGUGGAGCAGUUUAUCGAGAUGCUUAUUACCACAAUUACACUGCUGUUGAAAAAAACUGAAAGUUUUGACAAUCUGCUCUCGACGGUGGUUGACUACGCAGAUGUGGUGCAGAGCACCGCCAGUAUGACCAAGGGUGAUCAGGAAUUGAGGUCACUUGCCAGCUCCUUGGACAGUGUUAAAACUGAAUUCGAUGGAGCCGCCGAUGUAAUCACACAGAUGUACAAACAUUAUGUGACAGACGACGAGCUAAACGAUCAGUGGUCAUCGCUGAUGCACGGCAAGAAGUGUCCUUGCCGCACACGGGCCAGCGCACAGGCAAAGUAUUUGGUGGAGCGCCUGCGCGACUCUUGGCAACACCUGCUCCGAGAUCGGGCCACACGCACUUUAACGUACAAUGAUGAGCAAUUCCAUGCGCUGGAGAAAAUAAAAGUGGAUCACAAUGGGAAACGGAUUAAGCAGCUGCUGCUCGACAACGUUAGCCCAGCUGUAGCUCAAAUGGCCGAAUGCCUGGCCGAUUGGUAUAAACUGGCGCAGACUGUGUAUCUGAAGACACAGAUUCUGGAGAAGGAUGUGCGCGAUUGUGAGCGCAAAUUACAUGCAAUUCGCGAUGAGCUAUAUCACAUUAAGUCGGAGCAGAAACUGGAUGCUGACACCAGGAACAUAAACAGCAAUAAUCAAUUGGCCAAAAUCGAGGAACGCAAUCGGUUGCGCAUUAUGAAGCAGCAGCAACUGGAAGUGAUGGCUGUGAUGAAGAAGAACAGCGAUUUGAUAGCUCUGCUGAACAAUUUUGCGGUUUGAUAAGUGUGUUAAACAAUUUAGACGGUACACUUUAUUCCAUAGUAUGUGUAUAUAAUCAGUAUAAUAUAAGUAAAAUACUUAAGUAUAAUUAUCAAUAAUAACAAAGUGCACUUUAUCU